AUGCCUUACGCUUUAUCCGAAUCACACAGACAAUUAACUGAAGGUCACUUAAAGGACACUGAUCCAGAAGUUGAUUCUAUUAUCAAGGACGAAAUUGAUAGACAAAAACACUCAAUUGUCUUAAUUGCUUCUGAAAACUUCACCACCACUGCUGUUUUUGAUGCUUUAGGAACUCCAAUGUGUAACAAAUACUCUGAAGGUUACCCAGGUGCUAGAUACUAUGGUGGUAAUGAACACAUUGAUAGAAUUGAAACUUUAUGUCAAGAAAGAGCCUUAAAAGCCUUUGGUCUUACUCCAGAUAAGUGGGGUGUUAAUGUUCAAACCCUUUCCGGUUCCCCAGCUAACUUACAAGUUUACCAAGCUGUCAUGAAGCCACACGAAAGAUUAAUGGGUUUAGAUUUACCUCAUGGUGGUCAUUUAUCUCACGGUUACCAAACUGAUUCUAGAAAGAUUUCUGCUGUUUCUACUUAUUUCGAAACUAUGCCAUACCGUGUUGAUUUAGAAACUGGUUUAAUUGACUACGACAUGUUGGAAAAGACCGCUGUUUUAUUCAGACCAAAGGUCUUGGUUGCUGGUACUUCUGCUUACUGUAGAUUAAUUGACUACAAGAAAAUGAGAGAAAUUGCCGACAAAGUUGGUGCUUACCUUGUUGUCGACAUGGCUCACAUCUCCGGUUUAAUUGCUGCAGGUGUCAUCCCAUCUCCAUUCGAAUAUGCUGAUAUUGUUACCACCACCACCCACAAGUCAUUAAGAGGUCCAAGAGGUGCCAUGAUCUUCUUCAGAAGAGGUGUCAGAUCUGUUAACCCAAAGACUGGUCAAGAAGUUCUUUACGAUUUAGAAAACCCAAUUAACUUCUCCGUUUUCCCAGGUCACCAAGGUGGUCCACACAACCACACCAUCACUGCUUUAGCUACUGCUUUGAAACAAGCUGCUACUCCAGAAUUCAAGGAAUACCAACAACAAGUCUUGAAGAACGCCAAGGUCUUAGAAAACGAAUUCAUCAACAAGGGUUACAAAUUAGUUUCUAACGGUACCGAUUCCCAUAUGGUUUUAGUUUCUCUUAAGGACAAACAAAUUGAUGGUGCUAGAGUUGAAGCUGUUUGUGAAAAGAUUAACAUUGCUUUAAACAAGAACUCUAUCCCAGGUGACAAAUCUGCUUUAGUUCCAGGUGGUGUCAGAAUUGGUGCUCCAGCCAUGACCACUAGAGGUAUGGGUGAAGAAGACUUCAACAAGAUUGUUUCUUACAUUGACUUUGCUGUCAAAUAUGCCAAGGAAAUCCAAGCUAACUUACCAAAGGAUGCUAACAAAUUGAAGGAUUUCAAGGCCGCUGUUGCCAAGGGUGAUGAAAAAUUACAAGCUGUUAAGGAAGAAAUCUCCGCUUGGGCUGGUUCUUACCCAUUGGCUGUUUAA